UUCUGCGCACCACGAGCUGAACUGGAGACGGAUAGGGAAAGGAAACCCCGCCGAAGACCCCGAGCAUCGGCCUUCACUCCGACCCUGUCUCCUCUUGUCCGUUUAGAGGUGUCGCGAAAGGAUUAAUGAGCCAAAAAGGCACCCAACUUCCCCUUUAAGGCUCAUUUCGGCGUUUUUCGGCUUUACGCCUGGACUGCCUUUCACCUUCCCUUUCAUAUUCACUUCAUUCGAGGAUACCUGUACCUCUACUGAUGGAACAGGGUCACUCCAACGUUCUCCUGCAGCCGCCCAACACCACCUAACAUUUCUUGGAAGAACGUGUCCAUUGCCUUCUCCCAACAAACAUGGACUGUUUUCCCAUGCUUUAUUUUCUGUCGAGACAUCAUGAUUCCUGGUAAUCGAAUGCUGAUGGUCAUUUUAAUAUGCCAAGUCCUGCUGGGAGAGAGCAACCAUGCUAGUCUGAUACCUGAAGAAGGGAAAAAGAAAGUUCCGGGCCUGCAGGGUCGUUCGGCCGCUCAGAGCCAUGAACUGCUGCGGGACUUCGAGGCCACGCUGCUGCACAUGUUCGGCCUCAAGAAGCGGCCCCGGCCCAGCCGCUCGGCCACGGUGCCCCGCUACCUGCUGGACCUCUAUCGGCUACAGUCGGGGGAGGCUGAGGAGGCGGGGGCGCACAACAUCUCGUUUGAGUACCCAGAGAGGUCCGCCAGCCGGGCCAACACUGUGAGGGGCUUCCACCAUGAGGAGCACAUGGAGAGGGUAGAUGAUGUGGAUUAUGGAGAAAUUACGCCCCUUCGGUUCCUGUUCAACCUCAGCAGCAUCCCAGAGGACGAGCUGCUCUCUUCCGCCGAACUGAGGCUCUACCGCCAUCAGAUUGACGAGGCCAUCGCUGACGCCUUCUCAGACACCCAGGGGCUUCACCGGAUAAACGUGUACGAGGUGCUGAAGCCCCCGCGGCCAGGGCAGCUCAUCACGCAGCUGUUGGACACGCGGCUUGUCCGCCACAACGCGUCGCGCUGGGAGAGCUUUGACGUGAGCCCCGCGGUGCUGCGUUGGACUCGUGAGGGCCUCCCAAAUUAUGGGCUGGCCAUUGAGGUUCAGCACCUCAACCAGACGCCACGCCACCAGGGCCGACACGUCCGCGUCAGCCGCUCGCUGCACCGGGAGCCGGGCGAGGACUGGGAGCAGCUACGCCCCCUCCUGGUUACCUUUGGCCACGAUGGGAAGGGUCACCCGCUGACCCGCCGGACCAAGCGCAGCCCCAAGCAGCGGGGCCGGAAACGCAACCGCAACUGCCGGCGCCACGCACUAUAUGUUGACUUCAGCGAUGUAGGCUGGAAUGACUGGAUAGUGGCGCCCCCUGGCUACCAAGCCUUUUACUGCCACGGGGAAUGCCCCUUUCCUCUGGCGGAUCAUCUGAACUCUACCAACCACGCCAUUGUUCAGACACUGGUGAACUCUGUGAACAACAACAUUCCCAAGGCCUGCUGCGUGCCCACAGAGCUCAGCGCCAUCUCCAUGCUCUACCUGGACGAACAUGACAAGGUGGUCCUAAAAAACUACCAGGAAAUGGUGGUAGAGGGCUGCGGCUGCCGCUAACACACAGACUUACAGGAACCUGGACUGGCGACAUGACAAAAACAACAUGGACGCUUUAAACAAAUCAGAAGUUCUUUACUCCCAAAAAUGUUCACUUGGACCCUUAUUUAUAACUUUUAUGUUGAGGUGUAUGUUUGUCUCACUUUUUUUUUGUUUCUUUGACAAUAUGAUCAUAUAUUUUGACAAAAUAUAUAUAUUUAUAUCUACAUAUUAAAAAUAAAUUGAGUCCUUAUUUUAAACAUAAAAAGCUGUACAACUUUUCAUAAUGUACAUUAGAUUGUAUAAGGUUUUUUUAUUGAGAAAAUAGUAAAAAA